CGUGGUCAGCUGAGAACGCCUGGCUCUUGAGCUUACUAGUUUUACGGAGACCACUCGCGGCUUUCGAUAGAUCCAAGCGUCUCCCUCGUUGUGUGCCCGCCUGUGUGGGAAGGAAGGGCUUCUCCCCCAUCGUUCAACACCACAUAAGAUCACCGUUUGGAUUCGCCGAACGACCUAUCCGACCCACGGCAAUCAUAGGUCAGCAUGGCAUCUAUGUGUCCUUUUGCAAGGGCAGUAAGUGCCACUGAGGUUUGCCCUAAAAAGAUAGAUGAAAGCCAAAGCAAACACAAAAAAGGAGCUCCUGAGAAGAGUGAAAGUGCAUCUUCUGUUAUGCCAACUGGAAAGUGUCCUUUUGGUUAUGAUUCUCAGACAUUCAAGUUGGGACCACUUAGCUGUAUAAUUUGUCAAGCUCUUCUCUUUGAGGCCAGCAAAUGUGUGCCUUGUUCCCACAAGUUCUGCAAACAUUGUAUUUCUCGCUUCAAGGACUGUCCACUUUGUGGUGCUGACAUAGAAAAAAUUGAGCCUGACUCUGAACUUCAAGAGAUGGUUGAUCGUUUCAUAGAAGGGCAUGCUAGAAUUAAGAGGUCUCAUCCAUCAGAUGCACAAGCAGAAGGAGAGCAGCCAAAGAAUGUGAUCUAUGAGGAUGUCUCUUUGGAGAGAGGCUCUUUCUUGGUGCAACAAGCGAUGAGGGCAUUUCGAGCUCAAAAUAUAGAAAGUGCAAAAUCAAGGCUUUCCCUAUGUGUGGAGGAUAUUCGGGAGCAGAUACAAGGAGUAGGGAAUACUUCAGAAUUAUGCACACAACUUGGAGCAGUUCUUGGCAUGCUUGGUGAUUGCAGCCGAGCACUAGGAGAUGCUAGUUCAGCAGUCAGUUAUUUUGAAGAAAGUGUCGACUUUCUUUCUAAAUUGCAGGUUGAUGACAUAGAGGUUAUGCACACCCUUUCUGUGUCACUGAACAAGAUCGGUGAUCUUAAGUUUUAUGAUGGUGACCUAGUGGCUGCUAAAAAGUACUAUGCUCAAGCUCUUGAUGUUCGUCGAAAUGCAGUUAAAGAUCAGUCAAAGAUGCCAUCUCAGAUGUUGGACGUAGCUGUCUCUUUGGCAAAAGUUGCGGAUGCGGACAGAAAUCUUGGUAAUGAAAGCUUGGCCAUUGAGAGGUUUCACGAAGCAAUAGAAUGUCUGGAGCAUUUGACCAUAAGCCCAAGCGAAAUUGGCUUAGAGAAACGGCGCCUUUCGGUUCUUCAAUUCGUUCAAGGCCAACUUGGUGAAAAUUUGGAUUCAGUGUCUGCUGCUGCAUCAGAAUGAAAUUCAGUGGAGUUGAGUCAGGAUGUUGCCUCAGUAUUUUUUUCACAUCUGUAAAUAGCUGAGUCCCCACUUUUCUGUGCCUUUCAUGACGGGUCCAUAAAUUAUCUUACUUUCCACGCUUGGCAGAAGACUGGUGAGAUCUUAACCGUCUAUGUCCCUUCAAAUGCAUAUAGCAUACGUUCAAUAAGCAUUCACCUGUAAAGACACAGUCAUAUUAAGCAAAUGUUUUUUUCCUAAAAAAACUCU